GUAGGAAAGUGACGUCAUCGUUAAUGCUGCAAGCAGAAUAGCAGUCCUGUUAUUUGGGGCGUACAACCACCCUUUGUGAGGCUUUCAAUAUUACAUAAUUAAUGAAUUGCUUUGUGCAAUUAUAAUGGGGUUCGGUAUGAAUCGAUAUUUUGGUAGAUGACGUAUCUGCAACAUGAUAGAAGCUCCAAGCCGCAGCCUACAGGCUGAUUUUAAUGUGGACUGGGUAUGGGAUGCUUAUUUGACAGCGCACUGAUGUUCUCGUUGCCAGGAAGGAUUUGACUCUGACAGUCAUAUUUAUUGUCGAUGUCACGGAAUUCAUCGCGAUUUUCAUGUUUUGUAACGAUAUGCGAUAAAUUCGCAGAAACUCUUCCUUUUUCAUGGCCUCGGUGGCAAGGUUUUGGGGGUCUGCAAACACAAAUUCCAAGCUCUACAUUUACGAAAAUACCACACCACUUAUGUCCACCCGACAGUGUUCAAGGGUAAUGGGCUUGGGUGGUACCUCCCCGGGAGUAGAUACACCCGGGUCCGGCGAGCCGAACAGGGAGAUCUUCGAGGCCUGCAGAAACGGAGAUGUGGAGCGCGUGAGGAGGCUCGUCACACCGGAGAAUGUAAACAGUAGAGACACCGCCGGCAGAAAAUCCACCCCGCUACAUUUCGCUGCUGGAUUUGGCCGCAGGGAUGUGGUGGACUACCUACUACAAAACGGAGCCAACGUGCAUGCCCGGGAUGAGGGAGGCCUCGUAUCACUCCACAACGCCUGCUCCUUCGGCCAUUCUGAGGUGGUCAACCUGCUCCUGCACCAUGGGGCCGAUGCCAACUCUAGGGACAACUGGAGUUACACACCCCUCCACGAGGCCGCCACAAAGGGGAAGAGCGACGUCUGCAUAGUGCUCCUGCAACACGGAGCAGAGCCAACGAUUCGUAACACAGAUGGGAGGACAGCGCUGGACCUGGCUGAGGAGUCCACUAAAGCAGUGCUGACCGGUGAAUAUAGAAAAGAUGACCUGCUAGAAAGUGCAAGGAGUGGGAAUGAAGACAAGUUGAUGGCCCUGCUAACACCAUUGAAUGUGAACUGUCAUGCCAGUGACGGUCGGAAGUCCUCCCCUCUGCAUCUGGCUGCUGGCUACAACCGUGUGAAGACAGUGCAGCUGCUGUUAAAGCAUGGGGCUGACGUCCAUGCUAAAGACAAAGGUGAUCUGGUGCCCCUUCAUAACUCCUGUUCCUAUGGACAUUACGAAGUCACUGAGAUUUUAGUAAAGCACGGCGCCUGUGUGAAUGCCAUGGACCUGUGGCAGUUCACCCCCCUGCACGAAGCCGCCUCUAAGAAUAGGGUGGACGUGUGCUCCCUGCUCGUCAGCUACGGAGCCGACCCCACUUUCCUAAACUGCCACAACCAGUGCGCCAUUGACCUGUCUCCCACUUCGCAGCUCAAAGAACGCCUGGCCUAUGAGUUCAGAGGUCAUGCCUUGCUCCAGGCAGCACGUGAAGCUGACCUGCCCCGCCUAAAGAAGCACCUGUCAUUGGAGACCAUGACCUUCAAGCAUCCCCUUACGCAUGAAACCGCACUGCACUGUGCAGCGACAUCUCCCUAUCCCAAGAGAAAACAAGUGUGCGAGUUACUGCUGAGGAAAGGGGCCAACGUGAAUGAGAAGACUAAAGACUUCCUGACCCCCUUGCACCUGGCUUCUGAAAAGUCACACAACGACAUAAUCGAGGUGUUGGUGAAACAUGAGGCAAAGGUCAAUGCCCUGGACAACCUGGGCCAGACAGCUCUGCACCGUGCGGCCCACUGUGGCCACCUCCAGACCUGCCGUCUGCUGCUGAAAUCAGGCUGCGACCCCCUCGUCAUGUCUCUACGGGGUUUCUCUCCAUCCCAAAUGGGCAAUGAGAGAGUGCAGGAGAUACUGCAUGAGGGAACUCUGAUUGGAAACUCUGAUGUGGACUGGCAGUUGCUAGAAGCCUCCAAGUCUGGAGAUUUGGAGAUUGUUGAAAAGCUGUGUACCAUGCAGAAUGUGAACUGUAGGGAUGUAGAGGGCCGUCAAUCCACCCCGCUCCACUUUGCGGCGGGGUAUAACCGUGUGUCUGUGGUGGAGUACCUUCUACUGCAUGGGGCUGACGUCCAUGCCAAAGACAAAGGUGGCCUGUUCCCCCUACACAAUGCCUGCUCCUACGGUCACUAUGAGGUGGCUGAAUUGCUGGUCAUCCACGGGGCUCUGGUCAACAUAGCUGACCUGUGGAAGUUUACCCCUCUGCACGAGGCCGCCGCCAAGGGAAAAUACGAGAUCUGCAAACUGCUGCUGCAGCACGGUGCAGACCCGACCAAGAAGAACCGAGAUGGGAGCACUCCACUAGACCUGGUGAAGGAUGGGGACACUGACAUGCAGGACCUGCUAAGAGGAGACGCUGCCCUGCUGGACGCAGCCAAGAAGGGCUGUCUGGCCCGGGUCGAGAAGCUCUGCAGCCCCGAUAAUGUUAACUGUAGAGACGCACAUGGACGGCACUCUACACUGCUACACCUGGCAGCUGGCUACAACAACCUGGAGGUAGCAGAGUACCUGCUUCAGCAUGGAGCAGAGGUCAACUCCCAGGACAAGGGAGGGCUCAUCCCCCUGCACAACGCUGCCUCCUACGGGCAUGUGGAUGUGGCUGCUUUGCUCAUCAAGUACGACGCAUGCGUGAACGCCACAGAUAAGUGGGCGUUCACCCCACUGCAUGAGGCAGCGCAGAAAGGGAGGACCCAGCUGUGUGCCCUGCUAUUGGCUCACGGGGCCGACCCCGCCCUGCGCAACCAGGAAGGCCAAUCACCGCUGGACCUCAUCACGGUGGACGAUGUUCGUGCCUUGUUGACAGCGGCCAUGCCACCUUCAGCCCUGCCCAGUUGCUAUAAACCCCAGGUAAUCCGUAUGUCUGCCCCUGUAGGGGUGGUGGUCCCCCCCAGCCUCUCAGCCAGCUCCACACCCCUGUCCACCUUGGCCUCCAGCAACAGUCUGGACAAUCAGGCCACUGCCUCCACCUGCACUGCCUUCCCUGAGCUACCCACUCUCCUGGGGCCCUCUGGGGCUGUGGGCACGGACAAGAACGAGGGUCCAGGUGUGGAUCUGAGUAUCGGACAGUUCCUCAACAACUUUGGACUGGAACACCUACUAGAGAUCUUUGAAAGAGAGCAGAUCACACUGGAUGUCCUGGUAGAGAUGGGACACAAGGAGCUGAAAGAGAUCGGUAUCAAUGCCUACGGACACAGACACAAGAUUAUCAAAGGAGUAGAGAGACUCACUAGCAGACCUCAAAGUUUGAACCCGUACCUUGCGUUGAACACGGCGAACAGUGGGACCAUACUAAUAGAUCUGGCGUCGGACGACAAGGCGUUUCAGUUGGUGGAGGAGGAGUUGCAGAGUACGAUCAGAGGGCACAGAGAUGGAGGGCUUGCUGGAGGGGUUUUCAACAGAUACAACAUUGUAAAGAUCCAGAAAGUGUGCAACAAGAAGCUUUGGGAGAGGUACACCCAUCGAAGGAAGGAGGUCUCCGAGGAGAAUCCCAAUCACUCCAAUGAACGGAUGUUGUUUCACGGUUCGCCGUUUGUCAACGCCAUCCUCCACAAGGGUUUUGAUGAGAGGCAUGCUUACAAAGGCGGCAUGUUCGGCGCAGGCAUCUACUUUGCUGAGAACUCGUCUAAGAGUAACCAGUACGUCUAUGGGAUAGGAGGCGGUACAGGCUGCCCUCUGCACAAAGACCGGUCCUGCUACUUGUGCCAACGGCACCUGCUGUUCUGCAGGGUGACCCUGGGCAAGUCCUUCCUGCAGUUCAGUGCCAUGAAGAUGGCCCACUCCCCUCCAGGACACCACUCUGUCACAGGGAGGCCCAGUGUCAAUGGACUGUCACUGGCAGAGUAUGUCAUCUACAGAGGAGAGCAGGCCUAUCCAGAGUAUUUGAUCACCUAUCAGAUAUUAAAGCCCGAUGCCUCUGUGGAUGGAUAGAAGUGGAACGGAGGAAGGAAGAGCAACAAGUUAAUUGUACAGAAGAACAUCUCAGCCUGUUUCUGUUAUGUUUCAGGGCAGCAACAGCUUUACUAAAUGCAUGCACAAACAGAUUCAUUUAUUUUUUCCUCCAUUUGAAGCAUUUCCAUCUGUAGCCAUUCUAACAAAUGCUGUGCAGGACAACUACAACUGGCUAAUGUCUAACUGUAAUUCAAAAAAACUUUUGUGUUAUAGUAGUUAUUUUCUGGAGACAUUGUGUAUAAUUUUUUUUGUACUAGCGUGUUAAUUUAUUUACAUUUUUAUGCCCAAGUUAUUGUAAAUGAAUGACCUAUAGAGUAUGUAUUCCAUCAACCAGCAGUCAAAUUCAGUGUUUUCAAAGUCUGCCUUGUGGGGAUGUCUGGGUCAUAUUUAUUUGGGCACAUGGUAGCAAAAAUGUUUCAAAAGUUGUGGAAUGGAAAAUUAAUGUUUAUUGGACAAGCCUAGGUGGUCACUCCCUGUUUCAGUCUGUUUUCUUCCAUUGGUGCCUAUUGCCUAAUGGCUUAUUUAUCCAGUAUUGUAAAUCAGGACACAAUUUCAGAUCAUUAUCCUGUUAGAAGGUGUAUUGUUUGGUCUACAUAGUGACAGUUAAAAGAUCAGGAUCAGUGUCCUUUCAUUCAGUAAUGGUGGCCGCAGCAAAGUCUUCAAAUUUGAGGACUCCUAAAUUGUCAUAAAUUGCCCCUCCACGAAGCCUGUUUUGCUUUGAAAGCUGUUUGUUUUACACACCACACAAGGGUGACGAGACUACGCAAAACAAAACAUGUAGUUAGUCAAUUUCCCUCGGUCGAUUUUUUGGAUGCGCUGUGAGAACCGUGUCUGUCAUUUGAAAUAAUGCACUGAUAUGCUGUGGUUGCGUGAUGUUCUCGCAGCACUUUGUUCCUUUUGCAUGAUAUUCCUGUCUGAUUAACUCUCGUUAGAGUUGUACGUCAUGUUUGAACAGUGUUUGCUUAGUGCUAAUUGGAUGCAUCAUGGCUGGAUCUGGGUGGGAAUAAUCUCCACACAUAACAGCCACAUCAAAAUAAAUGAGCUAUUUGUGAAUCCUUGGUUGUAAAUUGUUUGUAGUCUACUGUAAAAAAAAAAAAAAAAAAAUUUGAAGUUGCAUGUAAU